GGGCCGGCUGCCAGUGACCGGGCACAGACCCCAGGGCCAGGGCCAGAAAGGCGCGUGUGUGCUGACUGGGACGGCCCCGGGAAGGGGGUGUGCGCCUACGCCGCUGGGCACGAGGGGAGGAGUUGGGGGCCCGGGAGCCGGUCCCAGAGAGUGCCCCGUCCCAGCGUCCCCGCGGAGCCGGUGUCGGCUUGCAGCCGGGGCUCCUCCCCCCCAGGCCCGCAGCCCCUCCUCUGCCGUCCCCCCUCUUCCCUCCUUUCCUCCCCUCUGGCCCCUCCCCGGCCGGCCAGGAGCUGGGACACCCCGGUGGGGCUGCGAACUAGCUGGGGAGUCCACGGAGCGGCCUGGCGCUAUCCCGGAGCUCCUGCGCGAAGCCUGCUCCCCGGCUCCCCCCUCCCCCCAGCCCGGGCCGGCUCCCCCCGCGGCCGCCCCUGGCCCCCUCCCCUUCCCCCGCAGGCCGGCCCCACUUCCCGCCGGGCGCCACGCCCUGUCAAACUUUGUUGGGAGCUGAACUGGGCUGAGCUGAGCGCAGCCGAGCCAAGCGGGGCCGAGCCAAGCGGGGCGCAGAAGGACGCCGAGCCCAGCGGGCGGGGAGCGCAGAGGCGCGGGGCAGCCAAGCCCGCGGGGGCGGCGCCGGGGGCCCGGGGCCAGGGCAAGCGCACCGGAGCCCGGAGCCCGGAGUCCAGCGGAGAGGCGCGGCGCAGCCCCGGCCACCCGGCCGGCCCCACCAUGCCCCAGCUCGGCGGCGGCGGCGGCGGCGGCGGGGGCAGCGGCGGCGGAGCUGGAGCCGGAGCCGGAGGAGGAGGAGGAGGAGGCGGCGGCGGCGGCGGCGGCGGCGGCGGCGGCGGCGGCAGCAGCGGCGGGGGAGCUGGCGGCGGGGAUGACCUAGGGGCCAACGACGAGCUCAUCACCUUUCAGGAUGAGGGCAGCGAGGAGCAGGAGCCGAGCAGCGACAGCGCCUCGGCCCAGCGGGACUUGGACGAGGUCAAGUCCUCGCUGGUCAACGAGUCGGAGAACCAGAGCAGUAGCUCGGACUCCGAGGCGGAGCGGCGCCCGCAGCCCCCCCGGGACCCUUUCCAGAAGCCGCGUGAAUACUUCGCCGAAGUGAGGAGGCCCCAGGAUGGCGCCUUCUUUAAGGGACCUCCUUACCCCGGCUAUCCCUUCCUGAUGAUCCCAGACCUGAGCAGCCCCUACCUCCCCAACGGACCCCUGUCCCCCGGCGGCGCCCGCACGUACCUGCAGAUGAAAUGGCCCCUCAUCGAUGUCCCAUCAACCACCACAGUGAAGGACACGAGGUCACCGUCCCCUGCACACUUGUCCAACAAAGUUCCCGUGGUCCAGCACCCUCACCACAUGCACCCACUGACUCCCCUCAUCACCUACAGCAACGACCACUUCUCCCCUGGGUCCCCACCUGCACACCUCUCCCCAGAGAUUGAUCCAAAGACAGCAGGAAUCCCCAGGCCACCUCACCCCGCUGAGCUGUCACCUUAUUACCCGCUGUCUCCUGGAGCUGUUGGUCAGAUCCCCCAUCCACUGGGCUGGCUCGUGCCACAGCAAGGACAGCCAAUGUACUCCAUCCCUCCCGGCGGCUUCCGGCACCCGUACCCAGCUCUUGCCAUGAAUGCCUCAAUGUCCAGUUUGGUUUCAAGUCGGUUCUCCCCACACAUGGUGGCCCCUUCCCACCAUGGUCUGCCCACGUCAGGGAUCCCCCACCCAGCCAUCGUCUCGCCCAUCGUCAAACAGGAACCCACACCUCCCACCAUGAGCCCCUCCGUGAGCGCGAAAUCCCCAGUGACCGUGAAAAAGGAAGAAGAGAAGAAACCGCACGUGAAGAAGCCUCUCAAUGCCUUCAUGUUGUAUAUGAAGGAGAUGCGGGCCAAGGUGGUCGCUGAGUGUACGCUGAAGGAGAGUGCGGCCAUCAACCAGAUCCUGGGAAGAAGGUGGCACUCGCUCUCAAGGGAAGAACAAGCCAAGUACUAUGAGCUGGCCCGCAAAGAGAGGCAACUGCACUCCCAGCUCUACCCCACCUGGUCAGCGCGGGACAACUAUGGGAAGAAGAAGAAGAGAAAACGCGAGAAGCAGCUGUCCCAGCCUCCACCACAGCCGCAGCAGCAAGUCCAAGAGGCUGAGAGUGCCCUGACCUCCAGGAGCAAGAAGCCGUGUCUACACUACCCACCGCCCGAGAAGCCUUGUGACAGCCCUGCCUCCUCCCAUGGGAGCAUGCUGGACUCCCCAGCCACCCCUUCCGCUGCCCUGGCCUCGCCAGCCGCCCCGGCAGCCACUCACUCGGAGCAAGCGCAGCCCCUGUCGCUCACCACCAAGCCGGAGGCCCGGGCCCAGCUGGCCCUCCACUCGGCCGCCUUCCUCUCUGCCAAGGCGGCGGCGGCGGCGGCUGCGGCUGCCGCCUCCUCCAGCCCCCUGGGCGGCCAGCCUCCUCUCCUGUCCCGGCCCCUUCCCCUCAGCUCCCUGCCCACAGCUCUAUUGACUUCACCCCCUUCUUUCCAGGCUCCCCUCCAUGGCCACCAGGCCCAGCCUCUUUCCUUGGUUACCAAAUCUGCUCACUAAGCCAGCCCCGCCGCCCCGUCCCCCUUGCUGCCGAGGGACUCCUCCAGAAGUAGCGAUUCAGAAAAAAUCAAAAAGGAAACUUUAUUGGUCAAUAUUUGACCACUCUGGACUGUUCGGUGAAGUGUCUGGUAACCGCAGCGCUUCACACUUUGUAGAUGUAAACGGUAGCUGAUUUCAAGAGCUUUUUUUUUUUUUUUAAUAAAAAAAAGUUAAAAAUAAAAAAAAGAAGACACGGAAAAAAACCUGAAAAGUAGUUUGUUAUCCUCUCUGUCUAUGGUGGACUGACCUGUGCAGAAGAGACUCCUCUCUCCCCCUAGGCCCCUCCCCGUCCCCUGCCUCCCGGCCUCUUCUCUCCCGGCUGCAUGUCUGCGAUCCCUGGGAUGCCCCCUCGCCCCCAGCCUCAGCGCUCAGUAGCCAACUUGCCUCGUGUCUCCAUCCGCCCUUCCUUGGUCCUCUGCCUGGUGCUAAGCCGUCCACCGAGAAGCUGUCUUCUAAUGACUUCACUAGCAUCCCCCGUCCUCAGUGGGAUUAUCUACCUGCUCCCCCCCCCCCCGCCUCCUUCUUCCCCUCCCCCAGACUCAGUGACUAUGAGAAUCUCCCCUCCACCGUCCGAUGACAAGAGGGCUCCUCGGGAGCGCUUGAGGCCUGCCCCUCGCUCUCUGGAGACGGGCCAGAUGGAAGCCACCCAACCGUAGUGGAGAGUCCAAACCUCGUCCUCACAGUCCCCGGGGAGAGGAUUGGACCCUGAGGGCCAGGUGAACGUAGUCUGCCAAAGCUUUGAGACCCUCCCUCUCGCCCCCGCCAGCCCCCCACCAUGCUUUUUUUUUGUGUGUGUAUUUCUGUUUUUGUUUUUAUGUCUUUGGAGCGAUUUGAACUCCCAGUUGUCACCAUAUUUUCACAAAAGAAAUAAAAUUGCAGUUGCAAGAA